GAAAAACACAAGAAGAAGAAGAAGAACACAAACAGAGGAGAGGAAGACGAAGAAGAAGACUUGGCCUUGAGGAAUUGUCAAGUAACGACAGGCUGAUUGUUGUUGUUGUUUGUGUAAAUAACUGUGUAUUACUCAGAUUCUCGGAGGUAGUUCUGGUUUAAUGGGAAGCUGUUCUCCGCAUGCUGCUCCGGGUGCGUUCGUGAUCUGUGAAUAGAAGAUUCCUCUGCUCAAGGAAAUCCGUCAUUUUCAUGACCUGUUUACCUGUGCUUGUGAAUGGUUGUCCAGCCACGUCAACCCCCCAGAUACACAUGAGUGCUGUUUUCUCAUCAAGCUGGGCCGAGCGCCAUGCCUGACCGGGACAGUUCCUACCUGUCUAGCGGUGGUGGGAGUGGUGGCAGCCUGGGUGACGAAGGUGGACCUGGAGCUAGUUUAGGCGGGGGCACGGGAGAGGGCAGAGUGGGUUCAGGGGGAGGUGUUGGGGGCAGCGUCUCUGGCUCUGGGGGAAUGGGGGGAGGAGGGGCUCUUGGAAACGGCAACAGUUGUGGGAAUGGCGGAAGCGGCGGGCUGGGUUCUGGACUGGCUUUGGACGGUGUCUGCAGGGACUUCAUACGCAAUGUUUGCAAGAGAGGGAAGCGUUGUCGCUUCAGACAUCCAGACUUCAAUGAGGUGCCAGACUUGGGAGUACAGAAGAAUGAAUUUAUCUUCUGUCAUGACCAUCAAAAUAAAGAGUGCAUGCGCUCUAACUGCCGCUUUGUACAUGGCUCCAAAGAGGAUGAGGACUAUUACAAGAAGACAGGAGAGCUGCCACUCAGACUCAGAGGGAAAGUUGCAGCACGACUGGGCCUGUCUCCCAUGGAUCUCCCCCACAGUCGGGGAGAGGUCCCUAUCUGCAGAGACUUCCUGAAGGGGGAGUGUCAAAGGGGCAAUAAAUGUAAAUUUCGGCAUGUCAAGAAGGACUAUGAGUAUGAACCGUCAAGGGUGGGAGUGGGUGGUGUUAUGGGGCCAGGAGUCAGUGGGAUGGUUAAUGCUGGUGGAGGGGUUGGUGGAGGUGGAGGAGGUGCCUGUGGAGGAAUGGCAGGACUUGUUGGGGGCGGAGGUGGAAGCAAUAUGAUGGGAAUGGGCUGCCCCAGCUUGGGUGGCUGCCGAGAUCCAGGUAUCUCAGGAGUUGGGGGAGUAGGGGGUGGAGGAAUGAGCGGCUGUUUAUCCAUAGGUUCCUUAGGACAACGUCGUUAUGACAGGGGCUCUUGUUCUGUGUAUGACCCCCUGUUUGAGAGUGGUCUGUUUGAAACGGGAUCCCUGGAGGCUUCUGUGGACCACACUGCACUGCAGCUGAAGAGACGGAGGUUGGAGGGGUUGCGGCUGGCGGAUGGGAGUGGAGGUGGGCACUAUGAGUUGGGGGUCCAGGCUACCUUGCCACCUCGUCCUCUGGAGUACCGGUUCCUGGAGGAAGAAAACUCCCUGCUGAGGAAGAGAGUGGAAGAGCUGAAGAAGCAGGUUUCGAAUCUUAUUGCCACCAAUGAGGUUCUCUUGGAGCAGAAUGCCCAGUUCCGAAGCCAGGCCAAGGUGAUGACACUGUCUUCCACACCAGCCCCCACCGAGCAGAGUCUGGCGCCCCCUGUGGGUGCAGUAAGCUCCUACAAUCACAGCAUUGCCCAAACCCACACCACCCUGAGCAGCGCUGGACUGCAGCCUCGGCCCGUCACCCAGCAGGACCUAGUAGCUCCCACGGGUGCCCCUACAGCACCACCAACUAAUGCUGCCCCACCCACAGCCCCUCCGCCCCAUCUCAAUCCAGAGAUCACCCCCCUCUCAGCUGCCCUGGCACAGACCAUUGCCCAGGGGAUGGCACCCCCUGUUUCCAUGGCACCAGUUGCUGUAUCUGUGGCACCAGUGGCAGUAUCCAUGGCACAACCUCUGCCGGUCAUUACUAUGAGCCAUGCCACCACCCCAAUGGUGUCGUACCCCAUUGCUAGUCAGAGCAUGAGGAUCACCACUCUGCCUCACUAACUGAUUCCUCGUCAGGACUUUAUUACCCUUAAGUAAGGAGGGAUUUUGAACAUUGUCUCUUUUAUGUGUUUGAGACUCAACUCAUUACAGAGACCAGUAGCUUCUGACUACAGUUGCCACAGUGAGGUAAACUGAUAAGCCCACCAGAGAGCAAGCAAAAAGACUUUUCUGUCCAGCUUUUUCAGUCUGUUCUGUGGCCACAAAACAAAUAAAUGUUUCCUUUGGACUGACCCAUGAACUCAGCAAAUGCCUAUGUGCAGUUGGGGCCUUUUCAAACAUAGGCACCAAAAUAGCAACAAACUGAAAAUAUGUGAGGUCAUUGUGUCUGAAGCAUUCCCGUAACUCACACUGACUGUUGUGUCAUUACAAGGAGAUUUGGCAGUAGGUUCUGUUUAUAUUUUUGUGGGCUGCUCUUGUGUAAAUUAACUUUGAUAUUUUGCUCAGAUCAAGGAAAACAAGAAUAACAACCACUCAACAAAGUA